AUGGGCAGAAGAAAGAUUGAAAUAGAACCAUUGACGGACGACAGGAAUAGAACAGUCACAUUUGUCAAAAGAAAAGCCGGUCUAUUCAAAAAGGCAUAUGAAUUGGCCAUACUCUGUCAAGUAGACUUAUCAGUGGUUAUUGUGGGAAACAACAAUAAGAUAUACGAAUUUUCCACUGUUGACACAAACGAAGUGAUCAAGACUUAUCAACUGGUAUCAAAGAGCAGAAAGAAAAUUCACGAGUCAAAGUCCCCCGAAGCUUAUCUGGACUACAAAAAGAAAAUCAAAAUUACAGAUCCAUUGACAUACAAGAAUGGAGAAGUAGUGUCAACAGCAAUAGCAGCAGCAGCAGCAGGAACAAAAAAGUCAUCAUCAUCAUCAUCAUUAGCAAACUUUACCUCAACAGCUACUAAUGCAAAAGAGUUUAGGAGCGGAGAUGAAAUGAUCGAUGAUGACUACGAAGAUGAUGAUGAAUAUGAUGAUGAUGAUGACGAUGACGAUGACGACAAUAACAAUAACGGUAAAGACAACUCAUUUGACCAAAGUAUAAAAACAGACAAUUUAAGCAAGAGGAAUCUUAAACGGAAACAUUCACCCAAUGAUAUUGGUAUUCAGGAUCAAAACCAAAAUAGAAAUAGAAAUCCAAAAGUAUUCAACAGUAAACGCCCUGCACCAUCACCGCCUCCAAAACAUAUUUCCCUAAGCAACGUGCCGACAUUUAACAAACUUAGCAAACCAAAAACAGAGCCAUCUACCCAAUCUCAAACAUAUCUGCAAUUGCACCAGCGAUCGCAAAGUACACCCUCUCCCAUACCUCCAAAACGAGAAGGUGGUAUUACUAGGCCAGUUUUACGAGUACAAAUACCAACUGAUGCCAAGGGCACCAAUACACACACCCACAAUCCAGCAAUGCUGUUUGAUGGUGAGAUCAAGAGCAGCAGUGGCCGAGAUACUGCAAGGACAAUCACAGCAAUUGAAAACACCAAUUCCUCGAUACAGCAAUCAUCAUCAAAUCAAUCCGGUUCACAAGGCAUAGGUAGUAGUGGAAGUCAUAAUCACAAUCACAAUCACAAUCACAAUCACAAUCAGUCGCAACAGCAAAGUGUGGACUCGGGGCCAUAUCCAUCAACACAUCUUAUGCCAGGCGUUCCGUCCACGAAAUUCAGUGGUUACUCUUCAUUCCGCUCUCCAGACACUCGAAAGCCGAUGCUACCAUUACCAAUACAGUCCAACUCUCAAACGUCUUCACCAGCUAGCGCCACUGCUCCUGGUCUACCUAACACUUCAAGCUCAAGCGGCGGAAACAGUGGUGGAGGCAUUAUUCAAGUGGGGAUUACAGCACCAGCAGCGUCAGCAGCAUUUCCACCAGGAAACGGCAGUCUACAUCAUAACGUUCCGUUUGCAAACAACACUUUUCAAAACAACAACGCUAAUAACGCUACUAUUUUUUACACCAUGCAACAACAACAACAACAACAACACCAUCAACAACAACCCCACCAACAACAACAACAACUGCAGGCACUGCAGAGUCCUCAGUAUAUGAUGUAUUCCUCGGUACAGGGAUUCAAUACACCCCUGCAAUUUCAGCAAUUUCCUGGAGCUCUAAACCUGGCACAACAAGCAGCUACCCAUCAGAAACAACAAACUACACCACAAAGAAUCAGACAAACAAACUUAAUCCAGGGCCAACAACUGCAACAAGGACAACUGCAAACACCAUCGCAAACACCAUCGCAAACACAAGCACAAACACAAACACAGCCGCAAAACCCUCUAGCUGAUACGGCAGCCCGUUUCCGCAAUGGCGCACAAACGGCAUCAACAUUUGCUUCUCAACAAUCACAAAAUACAGGGGAACAAACACCUUUAUCCGGACUCCCCUCGAGAUAUGUCAAUGACAUGUUUCCCUUCCCAUCACCAUCCAAUUUCUUAGCACCGCAGGAUUGGCCAACUGGUAUUACACCAACUACAACGACAUCAAAUAUGCAGCAAUUUUUCAGCAAUAUGAUGCCGUUACAGAGUGCAGGAGGGAUUAAUCCUCUCCAACCACAGCCGCCACAAACAACUGCAUCAACACAAACAACACAAGCAAGCACUACAUUGAAUUCUACUGGCCAAGAAAAUGUACAAAGAGGGGGACUGUUAGAUGCCAGUGGAACACCUUCGUAUAGGACACACAUCUCUCCUAUAAUAUAUAGUGGGUCUGGAGCAAGUGGAAACCUGCGACAGACUUCACUAGUUGGAAAAAUAUCCGAGGAAGAAGACGAAGAAGGAGAUGAGAUAAGAGACGAAGUGGGUACUAAUCCAAGCACUGCAGUUCAAUCGGAUACAAAAGAAACAGGAAAUGGGGACCAAAACGAUGGUAAAUGA